AGAAUCCCCUGGAAAAUGGAAGAGAAGAUGACCUGGCCGGUUGUCUACAAGAUGAGUGGAAGUGAGGCAGCCCCUGAAGCGGUACCAGUCUGGCACUGAGAUCCCAGGGAUCCAGCUGGCAUUCCCAGGUUGCAGCUUUGAUCUCCUUCAGGUGCAGCUGUGGACGUGCAGGGCAGCACUCACAGGGGAGCAGUUUCCCAGAGUGGUGUGAGCAGCAGGGACUCGCUGCCCUCGCUUGUGGCAACUGGGCCUGGAAGGAUCCCAAUCCCUCAAGGUCAGAUGCUCUUGUCAGGAAUAUGUGAUUCCUGUUGGAAAUUAUUUCCAUGAGAUCAGAUGGAUAGAUAUAAUUAGCAGAACCAAACCAGAUAGGAUUCUUACAGGAGCAGCUGUGCAGCCAACAAAGUUAUUGUAUCAGAGAUUUUUUUUUUUUUCCAAUAAGUAUUUUACACAGAGUCAUAUUUCUUUUCACAACAAAUUGGAUCUUAUCCCAAAAGGAUUUGCUUUAUAGCAAAGCCAGACAAAGAAAGUAAAGCUCAUGGUUUGUUCCCGUGUCUCAAAAUGUUGUGAUAGGCUGAACUGUGCAUGGCAUAAUAAAGUGUUCCAUAGCCCUGAGUUUUAUUGUAAGAUUGCUCCCAUUCUGGAGAAGCAGUAAUGAAAUCCCCUUCCUCUGGGGAUGCCUGGGGAGGGCUGUUCCUCCCAGCUGUGGUGUGGGUGUGAUGUUGGACACGUUCCUGCCCCUUGCUCGGGGAUCCCUGCAAGCAGCCCUUCCUUGGGACUGAACUUCUGGGAGCAGGUGAUGCUUAGCAGAGAGCUGAUAACUACAGGGAUACCUGCACAGGAAUCCUGAACAGGGCUGGCCUGGACAGGAGAGGGAUGAGAGAAGAGUGGAGGGCUCAGAACACACUGAUCCCUGUCACACUGGAAAUACAGGGGGGUCAUGAGUGUUAUCUGCAUUUACCGUGGGGGGCUUCAUGGGUAUAAAGAGACUUAAAGCAGUUUCCACCCUUGUUUCCCUCCCUCUUCAAUAAACUGACCCCUCCUUAGAGGUUUCAGUGUUUCAGAUUGCUCUGAAACAGAGCUGCAGUUGGAGGAACAGGCAGAGGUAACCUUGAACCCCUGAAUUCCUGCCUUUUUAGACAAUUGAAUGCUUAUAGCCAACCCCUGGCACCAGUGAGCCAGGCAGCUGCAGCACAUUCCAAAUAUUGCUCUAUUUAAAGCAUCCCAGGGCUCUCAGAGCAACUGCAGAGGCAAACCUUAACCUGCCAUUAAACUAGCAGAGGGGGAAUGGCAGAACCAGCCCAGGCCCCGCUGGCCCGCCUGCUUGUCCCGGUGCUGCUGGCGCUCGGCUGGCUCGUGGGCUGUGCCCUCAUGGUCUACAUUGUCUUCUCCUGAGGCAGGAAGGGAUGGCAGUGUCACCCACAGCCCUGGGGUCAGAAGAACCUACAGUGAUGUUGAGGAGAAGAACAUGGAAAUUCAGUUUGCGUUUCUCAUGACAAUAAUACGUAUAAAAUGAGUUAAUUUUAUUAUCAACAAUGUAAAUGUCGUGCACACUUUUUAUCCUUUGGGAGGACUCACCAAACCAAUUUCCCUGUUCUCAGAUUAUUUGCAAUUGAGGGAGUGUUUUUGGAUUCCUGUCAGACACCUACCUGCUUGCUGAACAGCAAACUUUUAAAAUAGCUACUACCAGCUAAGGAACUUCAAGCUUGCUAGAAACAGGCAAGGGUUAAUUUCUCAUAGGCUCUGGGCAAAUAUUUUUAGCUUAUUAUGGGGAAAAUCUCCUGGAGUCUAUUGUUAUGAAACAGAAACUUUGUAUGUCCUUCAAAAAGAAAACGUCAGGAUAAUUCAGAGCUGGGAGGGUUGUACAGCUGAGUGUGUCUGGAUCUCAGACUCACCAGGGGCCCUCAGUGUCUUCUACUGGGGGGUUUGCCUUCUUAAUUAUAAUUGGAGACAAUUACACCCCCCUACUCAAUAAUAAGCCAUGUGAAUUUUCAGUGACUUUGCCAUUUAAAUCACAGCUGAACAUCAGAUCACUGCAUUUUCACUGACAGCUUUGGGCUUUUGAGCAUGAAGAUUUUUCUACUGCAGAACUGCAUUUCUGAGGAGAUGAAAUCAUUAAUAAUGCAAUCCCCAGUUAAAGCAGAGAAUUGAUUGUGAGAGGCGUGACUGGAAGAUCCCAGCAAGAUGUAAGUUUAAGGGAAUGUGAAAAAAUUCUUAAUGACCCUUGAUGGGGUUAAAUAGAGAACGAAACUAUUUUUUUGACUCCUGCUCACACAAUUGCUAUCAUUUUGAGAACGUGAGGAAGGCACAUCAGUCAGACAUUCCAUCUCCAGCUGUGGGCACUGUCUGUUGAGCUUUAGGAAUGGAAACACAAAUAGAUGUUUUAAAUUUAAAAGUGCUCAUAGUGCAGCCAUGGCCAUUCCUGGGCAUUCCAGCAGUCACCAGGAGCACUGAAGUGUGACAUUCUGUUUGGGAAGUGUCUUAACCCUGGGUUUCUUCACCUGUGAAUGAACUCAGGGCACAGGGGCGAUCCAGUCUCAUCAGAUAUCCUGAAACAGAGGGGUUAAACCCUGGGGAUUCCCGAUUUCUGCAUAGCUGCUGUGUCCUGUGAGCACCUGAGCAGCACCUCAAGGAGUCCCUGCAGUGGGGACAUCCCCCUCCCUCCCUCCCUGCCAGGGGCUGGCUGCACCCAGAGCCCACCCUGAGCACACACCUCAGGGUCUCACCUUCAAUUCCUCACUGAGCCCACCCAGACGGAUCCAGCUGUGACUCCACAGUGACCAGGGCUGUGUUUUUACAACUCACUUCAUUUACCAGGCACAGAGGGAAACAGUUCUGAAAGGUCCCACUGGCCCAAACAGCUCUUUGGGUGUCUCACAACGCUGGAAAUCAAAUGUUUCCAAUUAAAAUGUUAGAGAUAAAAUGUAAACACUACAAUCUGGUUUAGCUUUACCUGGUUUUUGAGAUCUGAUUUGGCAGAGCAAACCAAAAUAACUUUCUAGGCUGGCGUCAAUAUUGUCGGGCUGACUUGCUGUAUACAAAGCAGAAGUUUCUGCCAGUUUUAUGGGGUAAUAAAGAGAGGAUUAUUCCAAGAAAAUAUGCAUCCCCCACGCUGUUGGAAGAUUGCUGAGCACUGCAGAGUGACCUUUUGUAACCACCUUCAGACAACCCACUUGGGUGUCUGCUCAUGGUGCAGCAUGAAGUUCUCCUUACGUGUGGGGGUGAAAGGUUUGGGAUUUUUCAUUCCUGAAAAAUAAAACGAGUGUUUGAGAGCCAG